CCAUCCCCUCUACCCCUUCCUCUCUGCUCCUGUGGCGCCUGCCAAGCUCGAUUUGUCCCCCUCCCGGUCUUGCACAUGUGCGCCGCCCCCGGUCCCGAGGCCGGCCGCGCCCAGGCGCCCCGGCCGGCCAACCCCCCCGCCGCAACCGGCCCCUCGAGUCAGAACCCGGUUCUCUUUGAGAGCUGGGUCGAGGUGGAGCCCAAGUGGUCCUUCGAGACGUGGCGCCGGCGGCGGCUCAUCCUCACCGAUCGGUCCUUGCUCCUGGUGGAUGCGUCGGUCCCGGCCCCCCGGGCAGCGGCCCUUUCGACCCUGGGCGCCGCGGUCGGCGAGCCCCAUGCAAGCGGGGUGCUCAGCCAAUUCCCCGUGCAGCUGGUGACCCUGGUCGCCCCGGCGCGGCAGAUCCUCGAUGACAAGACCGCUCCCGGGCCGCUGCGUGCACAGCUCGCCCGCCUGGAUGCCCGCCUGGCGGCCCGGGUGUUUGUCGUCGAGGCGGACGCCGGGGAGCGCAAGCACUCCGGCAUUGGGCAAUUGGCCCAGCGCUUGCGCGGGGCCGACCCCAAAGCCAAGCUUCGCCGGCGCCUGGUGAUGGCGGCGCGCGAUGCGAAUGACUGCGAGCGCUGGGUCGGUGUCCUCCGGCAGACCUGCCAGCAUUUGUCCGGCUCCUUCUCCUCCUCUGCCGGGCUGGCUGAUGUGUCCCUGGAGGCCGCCGCGCGACUGACCCUGCCGCGGCUGGAGCAGGCCAUGCCGGCUGACACGUUCGCCCGGCUUGGCGACCCAGCCGGCUCCUGCUUCGGCGGCUCCCUCGUCGGCGGCGUGGUCGAUGACAUCACCCUGUAUGGCAUCCGCCCGGCGGUCCUGCCCCACAGCGAGCUGGCCGUCUACGAGGCGUACUUUCGGGGCUUCCUGGAUCCGGAGGCCCUGUCGAGCGCCGUGCCGCUGGAAGCCCUGGGCGCCGACGCCCAGGCCGCCGCGUCCAUCGUGUCCGGGCGCAUGCGCGGGGACUGGCAGGCGCGCUUCGAGCGGGUGCUGUCCGAUCGCCGGCUGACGCCGGGCGCGAGGGCCGUGUCGCUGGCCCGGCUAUGCGGGGCCUUUGGCGACAGCGCCCGGUCGGCGGUCGUCAGCCUGGUGGACGGCCUGGCGGUCGGCCGGGCCGGGACAGACGCCGGGGUCAGUCUCGACUCGCUGUCCCCCCACCAGGCCAUCCGGUCGUCAUGCGGGACCAUGGACCUCUUUUUUGCGGCGGACUACCGGCGCGCGCUGCUGGAAGAUGCGCGCCGGCGCCGCGAGCGCCGCACCAUCGAUGCCACCUCCGGCAUGACCCUACUUGGGGCCGAUUCCGGGGAUGACUCGGACGACUCGGCCGACGAUGAGGACCAUCCCUUCGACCAUGAUGACACCCUGUCAGAUGCCGGGUCCGAGUCGGAUGGGGCCGACUCUGGCCCCGAGGACUCGGAGGCCGGGGCCAGGCCCUCUCGGCCGGCCCCCGGGCCGGGGGUCGUCGUGCGGACGGUGUCCCCCGGCAAGCGUGCCCGCGGGGCGGCCGGGUCGGCGCCCGGUCCGGAGACGGCCCGCCUGGCGGACGAGGUCCUGCAUGCGGUCAAUAUCGGCAUCUGGCACAAGGAGGCGCAGCAGGAGUUUUCGGGCGCCGCGGCGGCGGUCGCCGCCCUGGCGGCUCUCACUCCCGGCCCGGAGGAUGAUGCCCCGCCGGGGCCCUGUGCCGCGGACUUGUUGACGGUGCCCAUGUGCUGCCUGGUGGACUUCAAGGGCUUCCGCGUGUUCUGCCGCGCGGUCCUGAGUGAUGGCGAUGAGCAGCCGCGCUUCUCGGCUGUGGACUUGGCGGCACACGAGCAGCAGGCUGCCCGUGCGGUGGCCGCCGUUCUGGGCCUCGUGUCGGCGCAAGACCUCCUGGCCGAGGGGCCAGCCGCUUCAAAUGCAGCUCCCAUCAGCGCCUCGAUCGUGGCCAAGCGCCUGCUCAACCCGGUGCACCGGCAGCGCCCGGCGGUCGACGCCCCCGGCGGUGAUGCCGAAUCGCCGGGCCUCCCGAGCCAACCGCCCGCCUUCCUGACCGGACUGAGCACCCUGCUUCCCAAUACUCCGCCCUGGCAUGGCACCGAGCUGCCAUCGGCCGGAGAAGUGCGCACCUCCGAGGGUCAGCGUGACCAGGCUUUGCGCGCGCUUGACCAGCACCGACGCUUCCGCGCGGAGCUCCUCCUGUCGCGGGCCGGCAGCGCCCCGGUGGCUCUGUCACCCGAGGAGUCCCUCUGUGUGGAUGCCUUCCGGCCGACGGCCACCGUGGCCCUGGCGGCCGCCAAUGCCGCGGCCGCCACCACCGCCCUCCCCUCGGCCAAUGGUCCGGCAGGGCCUCGGCAGCGGCGCCUGCAGGCACGCCUCGAUGCGGCGUCCCUGCGCGAGGGGACCGCAGAGCGCGAGGCCCGGCUCCGGGCCCUGGCCGCGGAUUUGGCCGCGCUGGCAUUCAUCCCGGCCGACGGGUCGGCCCUGGUGGCGGAGAUGCAUGCUCGCGGCCUCAAUGUCCGGGAUGUUGGCUGGCUGCUGGCAUCGGCCGCGGUCCCGGCCUACGUCCGGCGCAUGUGCCUGGUGGAAAUGCUGGCCCGCGCUGGCAAGUACCUGGUGCUGGGUCGGCUUCGGGUGGCCGCGGUGCGCGGGACCCGGGGCCGCCAUGCGCCGGUUGCUUUGCUUCGGCGAGAUGCCGCGCGCUCCGAAAAAGCGGCUGUUCGUGCGCUGGUGGCCGCCACCAACAAGAUGCUCGUGAAGAACCCCGCAAGCGAUCGAUUCUACAAGCGCAAGGUCAUUCCCCUGCUGUGCCUGCUAUUCCCCGAUGCAGGGGUGCUGUUCGCGGAGCGCGCAUCGCGCCGGGCCUCCCUGGCCCGGGAUCAGCUGUGCCCGCGAGCCCUGGCCCUGGCCCUGGCCCGAGUGUGCCAGUUCUCCCUGCGCCCCGGGGCCCUCAGCGGCACCGGCACCCCGGUCCUUCAAUCGGCCGACAUCGCCGGCUUCACAGUCCGGGCCAAGCCUCUCAGCCGGCUGGUCACCCCGGUCCCGGGCACCGAGCAUGAUGCCCCCGGGGCUGGCUCCGCCAGCGGGGACCUCCUCACCGAGCGGGCCUGUGCCCACUGGCUGGUGACGGACACCCUGGCAGCCGGGGCCUUCGACCUGCAUGCUCGACGCCGGGCUCUGACCGGGCCGAGCCUGGUGCGCAUGGCGCGCGCGCUGGCCGCCAGCGGUCGGCCGGAUUCCGGCGGGUUCCUGGCCCGCGCGGCCCUCGGCGCGGCGCUGGCCCUCAGCGGGGCGGCCCUCGACCCGGCCACCCGGGACACGGGUGAGCCUGGCCGCUCGGCCCAGGCGGAAGACCGGCUCCUGGCCCCGAGCCUGCCCCUCGGCUCGGGCCCCUGUGCGGCAUUCAUCCCGGCGGCCUGCGCACUGAUGGACUGUCUGCGCGAUGAGCUGCUGGCCGGGGACUUCCGCCUUCCGCCCGAGGACGAGUGGCGUGCCAUGGCUGCCGCCGGUCCCGAGGCCGAUGGUCCCCUGGGAGCCGAAACGUGGGCCCAGGGCCAAGUUGGCCGGGUGUAUGCCACCGCAUUGCGGCUGGUCGAGCGCGAGUGGGCCGUGCGCCCGGUCCGGGCCAAGGACGCCGCCCUGGACCCGGCCCCGCAUGCGCUGCUCUUCCAGGUCCAUGCAUCGGCGGCCGGGGUUUUCCUCGCGGCGGCCGAGUAUGACCGUCGGGCACGCGUGGCCGCAUUGCUGGCCCAGGCGGCCGCCGGCCCCGAGGACUCCGAGCAAGCCAGCCACGAGGAAGGCAAGCAGCGAGGCGCCGAUGCCAGGCCGGGGGCCCUGCCGCCGCUGGUGCAGCCGGCGGAGCUGGCCGAGGAUCAGCUUCGCCCUGGGCCGCGGUUCCUGGCCGCGCAUCUGGCCAGCCAGCGCGUGGCCGACACGCUGCUGGCGCCCGUCGGCCCGGCGGGCCAGGCCCUGCGCGGGCAGCUGGCCCAAGUGAGUGCCACGGCCUUGGCAGCAGUGGGCCGGCAUGCGGAGGCGUGCGGGCACUUUGCGCGCGCCCUCGACCCGGCUGGGGCCGAUGCCGACCUGGAGGCUCUCGAGCAGCAGGCCGAAUUGGCCAUCAGCCACGCGCGGUCGCUCCUCCACUGGGCGCGGGACACUCGCCGCCAGGAAGAGCAGCAGCAGCAGCAGCAGCGGCGGCCAGCCGCGGCGGCGGCGGGCAGCUCAACCCAGGGGCCGGACCCCUCGUCCGAGCGCCUGGUGGCUCGGGCCAAGCAUGCGGCGGUCGACGGGCUUCGACACUUCCAGACCCUCUAUCAGACCCCCCUGUCGCCGCAGCAGCUGCAUUCCCAACGCAUCGGGGACUUGGUGGUGGGCCUGGCAUCGGGGUUCAUCCUGACGGCCCAAGUGUCGGGCUUUGAUUUCCUGGAGGCCGGCUGGCCGGCCCCGGCGGCGGUCCUGAGCCUGGCCCGCUCGUCCGAGGGGGCACGGCGUCUGGCGCUGGCCGUGUCGCGCCUGGACCGGGCAUACCAAUUGCUGACCACCGGCCGGGACACGGCCAGCGGCCCGGGAGCCGCCGGUGGGAAUCUCCCCCCGCGCGGGCACUCCGAGGAUGCGCUGACUGCGUGGGCUGCGGCCGAGGCGGCCGGGCCCCCCUCGGACCCUGGCGCCCAGUCACUCACCUGGAAGCGCCACCUCCUGGAGGUCGUUCGGUGCUUGGUUACCCUGCGUCGGGUGCAGGUCGAGGGCUCUCUCGAUGGUGGGCCCGGAGCCGCGGCCGGCGCCGGCAGUGGCACUGGUCUGGCCUCGGCGACCACCCUGCUGGCGCACCCCCCCGCGUGGCUAUGCUCCUCGCGGAGCUGGCGCACUGGCUGCGGUGCCGGGCCCGGCUGCCUGAACAUCAGUGGCCGGUGUGUCGCCUGGCCGACGGCCGCCGUGGACAGCCUCCUGCGCGACCUUCACGAGGAGGGCCCUCUGGCCUUCAUCAACAGCCGCCUGGACCGGGUGGCCUGCUUGCCGGCAGUGCUGGCCCCCUCGGCCGGGCACUCGGCCCCCGGCGCCGUGGAUGAGACCCUGCCAGCGGCCCCGGCCCGGGCCCUGCGCGAGCUGCGCAUGCUCUUUCGACUGGUGGGCGCCACCACGGUCGGUGUGGCGGCUGACGGGUCGUGAGAGCAGGUGUGUGUCUGUGUAUGCCACACUGUGCGUGUGUGCAUGGGAGUCCCUUUUUUUUCUCUUGCCCGGAGGCCCGACCGCUAUGGGGAAAUAAAAAGGCACACCUC